CCACCAGCUGUUCUCUCUCUCUCCGCGCCAAGCCAAAACGAAAUAUCUGUUAGCAAUAUAUCUUAAUAUCUUCCCCAAACUUGAACCAAACCAACUGAGCUGACUGAGGCUAUGGUUUCCUCACCAACGCUGGCCUUUACCUCAUCAACCUUAAUACUACACUCACCAGACCCAUCUACUAAGGUAUGCAAAUGCAAAACCUUCUUUAUUUCUUGUUCUUCAAAUUCUGCUACUUCUACUUCUACUACUACUACUGAUACUACAAGCACUGGUUCUGACCCAGUGACUAUUAAUAAUGACAAUAGGAGUAAUGGUAACACUAACACUCAGAAAUUUAGCUAUAGCAGAGCCUCUCCAUCAGCGAGAUGGCCCCACUUGAAACUCACUGAAACUUACCAAUCUUCUCAGACCCAAUUCACAUUUCCAUCUCCUCCUCUGACCCAUGUUGUCGAGGAUGCUGGUCUGUCUGUAAAAACCUCGGAUUCUGGGACAAAAGAGGAAACCCAGAAUGGGAAUGAUGGUGUAGAAUCAGAAUCUUUGAAUAUGAAUGAUGAAACCCAACAAGUGUUGGGGAGGCCUAGCAAGACUAAGUUUAAGAAAAUGACUAAAUUGGCCCUUAGGAGAGCUAAAGAUUGGAGGGAGAGAGUGCAAUUCUUGACUGAUAGGAUUUUAGGAUUGAAAUCUGAGGAGUUUGUGGCUGAUGUGUUGGAUGACCGGAAGGUUCAGAUGACUCCCACUGAUUUUUGCUUUGUGGUGAAAUGGGUGGGCCGGUCGAACUGGCAACGUGCAUUGGAGGUGUACGAGUGGUUGAAUUUGCGACAUUGGUUCUCCCCGAAUGCACGGAUGCUUGCCACCAUCUUGUCGAUUCUUGGAAAGGCUAACCAAGAAGCCUUGGCUGUGGAGAUUUUUGCCAGGACAGAGUCUGCGGUGGGUGAUACUGUCCAAGUGUACAAUGCCAUGAUGGGUGUGUAUGCGAGGACUGGGAGGUUCAAUAAGGUUCAAGAACUGCUUGAUUUAAUGCGCGAAAGAGGGUGCGAGCCAGACCUUGUGAGUUUCAAUACUUUGAUUAAUGCCCGUCUGAAGUCGGGUGCUAUGGUGCCUAACUUGGCUGUUGAUCUUUUGAAUGAGGUAAGGAGGUCAGGACUUAGGCCGGAUAUAAUAACUUACAAUACUCUUAUUAGUGCUUGUUCACGUGAAUCAAAUUUGGAGGAGGCUGUGAAGGUUUACGAUGAUAUGGAGGAACAUAAUUGCCAGCCUGAUUUAUGGACUUAUAAUGCUAUGAUUUCAGUGUAUGGGAGAUGCGGACUGUCUAGCAAAGCUAUGCAGCUAUUUAACGAUUUGGAGUCAAAAGGGUUUUUGGCUGAUGCGGUGACGUAUAAUUCUUUGUUAUAUGCUUUUGCAAGAGAAGGGAAUGUGGAGAAGGUGAAGGAGGUUUGGGAAGAAAUGAUAAAAAUGGGGUUUGGUAAAGAUGAGAUGACAUACAAUACUGUAAUCCACAUGUAUGGGAAGCAGGGCCGACAUGAUUUAGCAUUGCAGCUUUACAAGGACAUGAAAUUGUCAGUUCGAAAUCCUGAUGCGAUUACAUACACUGUUUUGAUUGAUUCACUUGGGAAAGCAAGUAAGAUAAUGGAAGCUGCAAAUGUGAUGUCAGAGAUGUUGGAUGCAGGAGUUAAACCCACUUUGCGGACUUAUAGUGCUUUAAUUUGUGGGUAUGCAAAAGUUGGGAUGCGGGCAGAGGCUGAAGAGACAUUUGAUUGCAUGCUUAGGUCUGGGAUUAGGGCUGAUCAUCUAGCAUACUCAGUUAUGUUGGAUAUCCUACUGCGGUUCAAUGAUACAAAGAAGGCAAUGGUGGUGUAUCGGGAAAUGGUGUGUGAUGGCUUCACGCCUGAUCAUGCCCUUUAUGAGUUCAUGCUCCGAGUAUUUGUGAGGGAAAACAAUUUGGAAGGUAUUGAAAAAGUGAUGAGAGAUAUGGAAGAAAUAUGUGGUAUGAAUCCACAAGUUAUUUCUUCCAUUCUUGUUAAGGGGGGAUGCUAUGACCAUGCUGCUAAAAUGUUGAGAUUGGCCAUCAGCAAUGGCUAUGAACUGGAACGUGAGAAUUUGGUAUCUAUCUUGAGUUCAUAUAGUUCGUCCGGAAGGCACUUAGAAGCACGUGAAUUGCUUGAAUUCUUGAGAGAACAUGCUCCUGGCUCAAAGCAACUGUUAACUGAAGCAUUGGUUGUCAUACUUAGCAAGGCUCACCAAUUGGAUGCUGCCUUGAAGGAAUACACUAAUACUAGGGAAUUUGGUUCAUUUAGUGGAAGUUCUAUCUUGUAUGAAACCCUGAUUCAAGGCUGUGAAGAAAAUGAACUCUAUGGUGAAGCUUCUCAACUUUUCUCUGACAUGAGAUUCUUUGGUGUUGAACCAUCUGAAAAUCUUUACCAAAUUAUGGUACUCAUAUAUUGUAAAAUGGGCUUCCCUGAGACUGCCCACCAUUUAAUUGAUCAGGCUGAAAUGAAAGGUAUUUUGUUUGAAAAUGUCUCAAUGUACGUUGAUGUUAUUGAUGCCUAUGGGAAAUUGAAGCUAUGGCAGAAAUCAGAAAGCUUGGUGGGAAAUCUUAGGCAAAAAUGUACAACAGUGGAUAGGAAGGUUUGGAAUGCUUUAAUUCAAGCUUAUGCCGCAAGUGGUUGCUAUGAGCGAGCCCGGGCUAUUUUUAAUACAAUGAUGAGAGAUGGCCCUUCCCCAACUGUAGAUUCUAUAAAUGGUCUAUUGAGAGCUUUAGUUGUUGAUGGGAGAUUGAAAGAGCUUUAUGUGGUAAUCCAGGAGUUGCAAGAUAUUGGUUUUAAGAUAAGCAAAAGUUCUAUUCUUUUGAUGCUUGAAGCAUUCACUCAAGCUGGAGAUAUUUUUGAGGUGAUGAAAAUAUAUCAUGGAAUGAAGGCUGCUGGUUAUUUUCCCACCAUGCAUCUUUACAGGAUUAUGAUUGGUUUGUUGUGCAAGGUAAAGCGAGUGAGGGAUGUUGAGGCCAUGGUAUCUGAAAUGGAAGAGGCAGGAUUUAAACCUGAUCUUUCAAUAUGGAAUUCUAUUCUUAAGUUAUAUGCAGGAAUUGAGGAUUUCAAAAAGACUGCUCAAGUGUACCAGCGAAUCCAAGAAGCUGGACUUAAUCCAGAUGAGGAUACUUACAAUACUUUGAUUAUAAUGUACUGUAGGGAUCAUAGACCAGAAGAAGGUUUGUCACUGAUGCAAAAAAUGAGAACGCUGAGCCUGGAACCUAAGUUAGACACAUACAAAAGCCUGAUUGCAGCAUUUGGUAAGCAGCAGCUGUUGGAACAAGCUGAGGAACUUUUUGAAGAGUUAAGGUCAAAUGGAUCUAAAUUGGAUCGUUCCUUUUAUCAUAUAAUGAUGAAAAUGUUUAGAAAUACUGGAAACCAUUCCAAAGCGGAAAAGCUAUUGGGCAUGAUGAAAGAGGCAGGAAUAGAACCCACCAUUGCCACAAUGCAUCUGCUUAUGGUUUCUUAUGGCAGCUCUGGACAGCCUCAGGAAGCUGAAAAAGUGCUUAACAAUUUGAAAGUAAGUGGCUUAAAUCUUGAUACACUACCAUACAGUUCAGUCAUUGAUGCUUAUCUCAAGAAUGGUGAUUAUAAUGCUGGAAUACAAAAGCUCAUGGAGAUGAAGGAAGGUGGUUUGGAGCCAGACCAUAGAGUAUGGACAUGCUUCAUUAGGGCUGCAAGCUUGUGCAAGCAGACAAGUGAGAUGCUUAUCCUCUUAAAUGCACUCCGGGAUGCUGGGUUUGAUCUUCCCAUCAGGCUUCUGACAGAAAGAUCUGAGUCACUUGUUUCAGAGGUAGACCAGUGUCUAGAGAAACUAGAACCCAUGGAAGACAAUGCAGCCUUUAAUUUUGUCAAUGCUUUGGGGAACCUAUUGUGGGCAUUUGAACUCCGGGCUACAGCUUCAUGGGUUUUCCAAUUGGCGAUCAAGAGGAGCAUCUAUCACCAUGACGUGUUCAGAGUAGCUGAAAAGGACUGGAAGGCUGAUUUUAGAAAGUUGUCUGCUGGUUCAGCUCUUGUUGGUCUUACUUUAUGGCUUGACCAUAUGCAGGAUGCAUCAUUGCAGGGUUGUCCAGAGUCUCCAAAAUCAGUUGUUCUGAUUACAGGGAUGGCAGAGUAUAACAUGGUUUCCCUAAAUAGCACAUUGAUGGCUUGCCUUUGGGAGAUGGGGUCCCCUUUUCUGCCUUGUAAAACACGAAGUGGGCUCCUCAUAGCUAAGGCACACUCCCUUAGGAUGUGGUUAAAGGACUCCCCAUUUUGUUUGGACCUUGAGUUGAAAGAUGCCGCAUCUCUCCCUGAAUCAAACUCCAUGCAGCUCAUUGAAGGAUGCUUCAUUAGACGUGGCCUUGUUCCUGCAUUCAAGGACAUAACUGAGAGACUUGGACUAGUGAGGCCCAAGAAGUUUGCCAGAUUAGCUUUGCUAUCUGAUGACAGAAGAGAUAAAGCUAUUCGAGCUGACAUAGAAGGGGGGAAAGCGAAGCUGGAAAAAAUGAAGAGCAAGUUUGCGCUUAGUAGAAAGGGGAAGACCAAGAAGCCUAGAAAUGGGAAAUAUUUUCGUAGAGCUAUGCUGCCAAACAUUGAAAGAUGAUUUAUACCAGGUUUAAUCUAAAAUACACUGUCAUAUGUCUAUAGUUUAUGGUCUGGGGAAGUCCCAAAAAAUCAAUUAAUCUGUGUUCAACC